GACCUGACAGAGGAGGACACAGACUGUUACUGGUGUGCCAUGGAGAUAAGGCAGAGACUUGAUGAUGGAAAACGUUUUAAUGUUCUUGUCACUGGAAAAGGCGAUGCCACGCUCUAUGUGGAUUCUCAAGAGGUGACAGCGUUUAUUGGAGACCAAAUAACCAUCGACUGUCACUAUAGAGGAUCUAAACAAAUAAAGUGGUGCAGGACUGGUGGUGAAGGACCUACAUCCUGUGUCAAAAACUCUGGGUGGAUAGAUGAGACACAGGUGACUGUUAAUAGAAAUACCCCUGGUGUUAUUACUGUGACUAUGAGUGAACUGAGGGAGAGGAGCAGUGGUCGGUAUUGGUGCACUGAUGAAGACCUGCAGAUGCCGGUGCAUGUAACCAUUAAAGAGAGACCUACCACCACAACAACAACCAGACAGUCAAUGACCAUAUCAUCCACGUCCAAACCUGUCAAUCACACAUAUGUGAGUCAAGAACCGACCACAGAACAAACUGGAACACACAGUAGCUCAUCCAAUCAUCUGCUGAGUUUCAUCAUUCCUUCCUAUUUACUGAUUCUAAUGGUGGAUGCAUUCAUCUGGUUCAUGUUGAAAAGACGCAAGUCACCAGCCACAGCUGAGGAUGAACAGACAGUAACGUACAGUACUGUGACGCAUGUGAGAAAAACCACAGCCCAGCAGAUACAUUCUGAAGAUGAAGAAGACGUCAUGUACAGCACUGUGUUUUACAUUGCACAACAAAAUACACACCAGGUUGAAGACAAAGAUGAGAAUGUGACCUACAGCACAGUGGUUCAUCGCUAGUGAAAUUAUGAAAUAACUUUCUGACUUCCUGUCUACUUCUUAAUACCUUUAUCAGUCAUUUGCUGUUGUCCAUCAAACUGUAGCCUACUGCUCUCCAAAUGUACCUAUGAGGAUAUUUCAGUAUGUGUUUUCACAAUCUAUG